GCAGGGAUCGCGAGAGUCCUGCAGUUGAAGGAGCAGUGUGGCGGUAGAGGGGUGACCAGAAUUGUACGCAGUCCUCUCAAUCUCUUCCCACAGGGGCCAGAUUCUUCUCAAGGUCCAGAUUGCGUGCAGGUUCCCUUCCCCAAUGGACAUCAGUGAACCAUUUGCGAUUUUCCAACAAUCCAGCAGAUUUUAUGGUCGCUUCCUCCCAGGCAGUGAGAAGGGGACUUCACCAAUUGUAGACUGAAGCUAAACUUCACAACGGGAUCUGACUGAGUCACCCAUUCUGCUGUAACCUGACUGUCACUGGGCUUUGGCCAUGGAGGGAGAAAGCACCAUUCAGAUUGGGGAGAAAUUCUACACUUGUGUGUGUGGACAAGGCUUCAGCCAAUCGGCUCAGCUCAAGAGGCACCAGUGCGGUCGCCCUGCGGAGAAACUGUGGAAAUGCGGCGACUGCGGAGCAAGGUUCCGCUGCUCAUCGGAACGGGAAGCCCAUCGGCGCAUUCACACCGGGGAGAGACCGUUCACUUGCUCCGAGUGCGGGAAAGGAUUCACUCGAACGUCCACUCUGCUGAGGCACCAGCGGGUUCACACAGCAGACAGACCUUUCAAAUGCCCACACUGUGGCAAGUGCUUCAAGAGUCCUGGGGAGCUCAUCUUCCACCAGCGCGCUCACACCAACGAGAGGCCCUUUAAAUGUCCAGAGUGUGGCAAGUGCUACAAAAGUUCAAGCAACCUGACGUCCCAUCAACGUCUGCACGGAGAUGAGAGACCUUUUGCCUGCCCGGACUGCGGGAAGUGCUUUAAAAGUUCCAGCACACUUGUGUCCCACAAACGCGUUCACACCGACAAGAGGCCUUUCGAAUGCACAGAUUGUGUGAAGAGUUUUAAAAGUUCCAGGGAACUGACCCGCCAUCAACUUGUUCAUACUGAGGAGAGACCUUUUAAAUGCCCGGACUGUGGGAACUGCUAUAAAAGUACCAGCAAUCUACUGUCCCACCAGCGUGUUCACUCAGAAGAGAGACCCUUUAAGUGCCCAGAGUGCGGGAAGUGCUUUAAGAGUUCGAGGGAUCUGAUGUCCCACCGACGUGUUCACUCUGAUGAGAGACCCUACAAAUGCUCAGACUGUGGGAAGCGCUUUAAGAGCUCAGGGGAGCUGAUACUCCACCAGCGUGCUCACACCAACGAGAGGCCAUUUCGGUGCUCUCACUGCGGGCAUGGUUUCAGGCGAUCAUCUCAACUCACAACGCACCGGCGAGUUCACACUGGGGAGAGGCCGUUCGUCUGCUCGGAGUGCGGCAUGGGAUUCACACGCACAGCUUACCUACUGAGACAUCAGCAAGUUCACAAGUGACUGCAACCAUCUAAAUUUGCUGUUAAACGUAUCCGGAUGCUGCCGGGUUUGUUGGGUCUCUUUGUCCUGAUGCUAAUAAAUGACAGUUCGGUUUCGUACGUUACCAUUCUGAACAAGAGUCACAUAAAUGAGCACUGAGGAAGCUGGACCAAAUGCUGGCAAAUGGGACUAGAUUAAUUUCAGAUAUCUGGUAUUUGGGUCAUAAUCCCUCUAAACCCUUUCUAUUCAUGUACUCAUCCAGAUGCCCUUUAAAUGCUAUAAUUGUACCAGCCUCCACCACUUCCUAUGGCAGGUCAUUCCGUAUACACACACACCCUCUGCAUGCAAAAGGUACCCCUUAGGUCUUUUUCAAAUCUUUUCCCCUCUCACCUUAAACCUAUGCCCUCUAGUUUUGGACUCCCCUACCCUGGGGAAAAAGACCUUGGCUAUUCACCAUAUGCACUCUCCUAAUGAUUUUACAAACCUCUAUAAAGGUCAACCCUUGGCCUCCACUGCUCUGGGGGUAGUGGGGGGGGGAAUGGAUUAAUGGCAUGAUGAGGAAAAGUACUUUUGCAUGGCAAAGGGUGAAGAUCUGGAUGUGAGUUUGCUCGCUGAGCUGGAAGGUUAGUUUUCAGACGUUUCGUCACCAUUCUAGGUAACAUCAUCAGUGAGCCUCCGACGAAGCGCUGGUGUUAUGUCCCGCUGGUGAGGAUCUGAAAUCUGCUGCCAGAGACGGUGAUGGAGGCAUGUUAGGAAGAUGCUCCCACACUGUUGUGCCCUGCGUUCAGCCAUUGUCAAGUGAUUUAUCCACAGACUGCAAGUGUCAGUUGUAUUGUCAUUUUAUUAAUCAUGCAUAUAUUAAUGUUUUACAAUAUCUAGUGCCACUUGAAAGCGUCACAGAGAUUAAAUUCAGGACGGCACUGAAAAGCAACAUCAUCUACUGAGGAUGGAAGAAAUUCCUGAUUGAAACGCUUCAAUCUUUAAGAUUGUAUUUUUAAAAACGAGAAAAUUAUUUCCAGUCCUGCUGCCUUGCCUCGUGACAAUAGUAUUGCAGUCUCAAUGAGAGACUGUUUUCAAAGUGUGGGUCAUGACUCCCUGGCAUGCAGGAUUGAGAGAGAAAUUUUCUGAGAUAAUGGCUCCUGGGGAGUGGCUUGGAUUACUGGUCUGAUAGCUGUGAGAGCCCUUUAAGCCCUUCCCUUAUUUUGUUGCUGGGUGAGGACGGACUCCUCUGUGAGGCUCACUGGCUGAUGCAAAAACAAAGCUUGUGAAAAGGAAAAGGCGUUUGUUUCUUGUUUUAGAAAUUCAAUUUCUUCAAUAAUCAGGAUCACCUUGCAUCAACAACCAGCUUUGUAAUGAUUUCAUUAGGAUUUAGUUUCAUUCAUAGUUAGAAUCCUAUUGCAUCAGGAAGGACGAUCCUGUCACACCAAUGCUGGGAAUCUGAUUACAUUGAGUACGAACGUAAUUGGAAGCUGAUUAUCAGAGCUCAAUUACUUUAAGAUUCAGGAGACUGUCACCUUAAUAAAAUCCC